AGUGACGCAAGCAGUCGCGACGCCAUUUGCUGCGGCUGAGCGUGGGCGCAGGCGGAUCUCGGAAGAAGUCGGUUUCGAGACUCUCCCGCGCACGCGACCCGGCCUAGCUUGCCUGUUUGGUACCGCGCGGUCUCACGCGUCGCCCUUGGGGCCUCUCGGAAGAGUCGCUGCUGCCGCCGCCACCACCACCACCACCACCACUCGGAUAGGAGUCGGAAACGCCGGGAGGCCGCCGUCACCGCCAUGCCCAAGAAUAAAGGUAAAGGAGGUAAAAAUAGACGCAGAGGUAAGAAUGAGAAUGAAUCUGAAAAGAGAGAGCUGGUGUUUAAAGAAGAUGGACAGGAAUAUGCUCAAGUAAUCAAAAUGUUGGGAAAUGGACGAUUAGAAGCCAUGUGUUUUGAUGGUGUAAAGAGGUUAUGUCACAUCAGAGGGAAAUUGAGGAAAAAGGUUUGGAUAAAUACCUCAGACAUUAUAUUGGUUGGUCUCCGAGACUACCAGGAUAAUAAAGCUGAUGUAAUCUUAAAAUACAAUGCAGAUGAAGCUAGAAGUCUAAAGGCGUAUGGCGAGCUUCCAGAGCAUGCUAAAAUCAAUGAAACGGAUACAUUUGGUCCUGGAGAUGAUGACGAGAUUCAGUUCGAUGACAUUGGAGACGAUGAUGAAGACAUUGAUGAUAUCUAAAUUGAAUUCAACAUUUUACAUUCCAAUUUCUCUGAGGAUUGUUCCAACAAUUUGGAUUUUGGCUGUGACCUGUUAAAGAAGAUUAAAAUUUAUUAGCAUGAGUGCAAUUUGUUAAGGCAGACUGAUUUGUUUCUAAGGUAUUUCUUGAAAAACCGGUAAUGCCGAAUUCUCUUACAUGAAAUGUUAAGCCCCCUUUGUUCUUUUGAUGUAUUGGAGCUUAUAGGUAAAAGACUACAUCUACUAUUUUUUAAGAAGAGGAGAAAAAUGCAUUACUGCCUUUCCUACUUUGACCACUUCCAGUUAGUAAAUGAAUGUUCCAAAUAAACCAUUUACCAUACAUUCAUUAUGGAUCAUGAUUAAGCCCUAACUUUGACUAGCCUGUUGACCGUACAUUGACUUUCUGUAUAUUCCAGUUACUUAGAUGUUCCCUUGAGAUUUUGAUACAAUUUAAAAGAGACAGAAAUCUGCAU